ACGAAUGUAUCAUAUUUUGGCAGGAAGUGAGUGCCAGCAAACCGGAAGCCAAAUAAUGUGGACGCAGUGAGGCUAGAGCUUGAAGCGGCAAAUAGCUCCACGCAUAAACUCUCUGAGCACACCCGAGACGAGCGCAUCUUCAGUGUGGUCCUGUCCGCCUGUGUAUGACGACAAGCCAGAAGCGGCCAUGUCUUCAGCAGUGGACUUCAAGACCAAGGAGGAGAAGGAUGCAGAACUGGACAAAAGAAUUGAAGCCCUGAGGAAGAAGAACGAAGCUCUGGUCAAGCGCUAUCAGGAAGUACAAGAGGACAAGAAAAGGGCCGAGCAGGAGGGCAUUGCCGUGACAACGCCUCGCAAGCCCCGCCCUCACGAGCCAGAGUGGGAACGCAGGAAGCCUGAGAAAGACAACUUCACACUCGCAGACGACCUCUCCAAGGCGUCAAUAGGGCAGGACACCAGAGUGGUGGACGGAUGGAAGCCUCCCACGCCCCGCGGUCGGAAAGCGUCCGAGGAGAGCGAUGGGCACAGAAGGCAGAGCGACAACCACAGUCCACCCAGGAGGACAGGCUUGGGCCGAGUUGGGAGAGGAGGAGGGACCCGUGGGGGUGGCGGCGGUCGCCCUGAGAGGAGAGAACGGGAACCCCGGACCCCCAGAGACGGGGAGCCAGCUGAAACAGGAGGACCGGGGCGACGAGGAGGAAGGAGAGGAAGAGGAGGAGACUCGGCAGGCACACCAGGGGGCGUGGACAGGAAGUCCAAGGAAUGGGAGGAGAAGAGACGACAAAACAUUGAGAAGAUGAAUGAAGAAAUGGAAAGAAUAGCAGAGUACGAAAGAGGACAACGGCAGGACGAAGACAAGCCAAUACGUAACUUCCUGGACGACCCAUGGCGUUCUGGCCCGACUCCGGACACAGACCGCAAGGAAGGCAGCAGGAGACAUGUGCGAAAUUGGGGUGGGCUGGACUUUGACAACGUGAAGACCGGAGCUGACAUGGAGAAAGAAUGGAUCAGUCGGCGGCCUUUCCCGAGAGGCUCCGCGGACAUGACCAUGUCCAUGACGGGCCGCGAGCGAGCCGAAUACUUGCGCUGGAAGAAGGAGCGCGAGCAGAUUGACGAGGAGCGUCUGGCUCGCCAUCGCAACGCCACCGGCCAGUGGAGACGAGAGUGGGACGCACAGAAGACCGAGGGCAUGUUCAAAGAGGACGCACAAAUGGCGGCAGAGGGCGUCAUGGCAGAGCAGGGCAGCAGGAGAGCCCGGGGGCGUAACUUGCGCGCCGAUCCUUGGGGCAGAGCGCCAGAUGAUGGCAAGCGACCCCCUAAAUCGUCCACGUUUGGAGACUUCCUGUCCCAGGGCAGGUCGCAGGGACCACGGGGAGAACGGAACCAAAGAAGAGGACAGAAGCCCAGUUACAGUAUGCAUGACAACCGCUGGGAAGGAGAAAAAGAAGACGAGGAGAAGGAAAAGGACAUGCCAAAGCAAAAGAGGAACCAGAAGGAAAAGGAGGACGUGUCCAAAGCUCCUCAGGAACAGAAGGUGGUCGAGGCUGGAGAUGAGGAAGAUGACGACCAGUGGGAAGACGCCAGCGACGGAGAGCAGGAAGCGUCCGAUGGAGAUGAGGAUUCCAGUGGCGACGAGAAGAAAGACGCUGGUAACGCCGACUCCCCCAACUCGCCUCGCUCCAAACCGUUGUCGGCUGGAAGCCCCAAAGAGCGGCGAACGCCCCGGCCCAAGAUCCACAUCCCGCCCCCCUCAGCGGCCUUGCAAGACCCGUCGCAGGUGGGGAAGCCUCCUAGCCCCUUCUCCCCGCUGCACGGCCACCGGCCUGUGUCGGACUGGGGGGAGGAGAUGGAGAUGUUGUCACCACAGAGCAGCAUGGGAGAGAGCCCGCUGAAAUCCCUCAGUGCUGAGAGCAGUCCCGCACCAAAGGAGGAGAAUGUGGAGGACACUGCCCCCAUUGAGGAGGACACAGAGUAUCAAGCCACUCCAGAAAAGGCUGAAGUCCAAGUCACUGUGUCCGAACCAGAGUACACACCUGCAGAAUCCCAGAACAAGCCGCCAUCGUCUGACCUCACGCCAUCAGAGGUGUCUGACCCCGUCCCCUUGGAGGUCAGCGAAGACAGUCAGGAUCCGCCCGCCACCGACUCACAAGACAAAGCUGGCGAUCCGCCAACGCCGCUCGCCGUCCUGGUGACCCAGCCCAGCAUCACCGAAGCGGGAGAUGAAGACGAUGAUGCGACCGAUAUUGGUGUCACCGACGCCGCAGCAACAUCAGAGAUGUCCUCCAAACAGCCAACCUCAGGCUGAAGCUGCCAGCGACGUUUGCUCGCUCCUGAAGAUGACGACGUCGCCAGAGUGAUGUCAUACACUCGCCAACAAAAGACGAGGGAGGGACAGAGCCUCGGGGCAGCCAUGCUCAACCGUCACCCGUCUGUCUGCAGGAGUUGGGCGCCUCCUCGAGCACCCUGCUGCGUCACGUCUCAUACUUGCUGCCCACCCGAGCAGACAAGGUAAAAGAUUUCGCAAAUUUACAAAUAAAGCCGAGCUGCUGGAAUCAGCCGACCAUACAACCUGUGACCACGCCCCCUGGCUCUAUCAGACGAACCAAUCACAAGGCUGCCCAGUCUGCAGUGAGUGACACUCAAAUUUACAUGAUCUUGUUUACGGUUUUUAUCAGAUUUUAGUCUCCGUCAGUAGAUAAUACACAAAACGAUCAACUAUAAGCAAUGUUUGUCUGUCAAUGAGCUCAGGUUAGUUGAUCUUGCUGGUGCAAUGCUUAUCAGUUCACACAUCACGGCAAUUCACACUGUGUGCGAAAGUUUCAAGUUUCCAUUUUUUGCAUUCACCGGUCAAAGCAAGAAAAACAGCAAGUGUUGCACAAAACUGGGACAUUUUUCCUAAACUUUCUAUAUGCGGGAUCGCAACAAUGGACAUUUAAAAUGUAAUCAGGAUCUGGGCAUGUGAGGAUUCCUGGAUUCACGAUUCGAUUUAGAAUCUAUUCUUGAUUUAACACUAUUCUCCCUUCAACUCGAUUCACAAAAUGUAUUAUUUGGUACCAUAUUAUCAUGAAACAUUUUUCAAAACAGGUUAGAAAAGCUCCUUAUGGUUGCAUGGAGUCAACUCGAUUCACAAAAUGUAUUAUUUGGUACCAUAUUAUCAUGAAACAUUUUUCAAAACAGGUUAGAAAAGCUCCUUAUGGUUGCAUGGAGAUGGCCUAAAAAAAAAAAAAUUAUGACUGUUUUUUUAUUCCAUUUUUUAAAAUUAUGAAUUGAUUUAGAAUCCAGUUGAAUAAGAAUCACGACUCUAAUGUGAAUCGAUUUUUUUUGUUUGCACCCCGAGACUUAAAUUGCAAAUCAUGCAGUGAAUAAAAUACCUUUGUCAGGGAAAGAAUUUGUGUUUUUUGGUCCUGAAUAAAUUUUUUGUAAUGUU